AUGGCGGCCCCCACGGCCCGGCACGGGAUUCUCCUGGCACGGAAAGUGCCUCUGCCUCAUCUCUCCCUGGCAGGUAAAAGAUGUCUGCUUUCUGCAGCAUAUGUGGACAGCCACAAAUGGGAAGCAAGAGAAAAAGAAGAUUGUCACCUUGCUGAUCUAGCAUCUUUAAUGGAUAAAACAUAUGAGAGAAAGUUGCCUGUUAGUUCUUUAACAAUAUCACGGUUUGUGGACAACAUUUCAUCUCGAGAAGAGAUAGAUCAUGCAGAGUAUUACCUUUACAAAUUCCGACACAGCCCCAACUGCUGGUACCUAAGAGACUGGACUAUCCACACCUGGAUUAGGCAGUGUCUCAAAUAUGGUGCACAAGACAAAGCCUUAUAUACCCUUGUAAAUAAGGUUCAGUAUGGAAUUUUUCCAGAUAACUUUACAUUCAAUUUACUGCUGGAUUAUUUCAUAAAGAAAGAAAAUUACAAAGAUGCUUUAUCUGUGGUUUUUGAGAUCAUGAUGCAAGAAGCCUUUGAAGUACGUUCCACCCAACUUCUCUCCCUCUAUGUCAUAUACCACUGCCUGGCGAAGAAGACGGACUUCACCUGGGAAGAGGAGAGGAACUUCGGUGCAUCCCUGUUACUCCCGGGCCUAAAGCAAAAGAACUCCGUGGGGCUGAGUUCCCAGCUGUAUGGCUAUGCACUUCUUGGGAAGGUGGAGUUGCAGCAAGGGCUGCGGGCUGUGUACCAUGACAUGCCUCUGCUGUGGCGGCCAGGCUACCUGGACAGAGCCCUUCAGGUGAUGAAGCAGGUGGCCUCCUCCCCAGAAGAUGGGAAGCUGUGUGGAGAAGCGCUCGACGUGCUGGGCAGAGCACUGCAGGCUCUGACGGCCCCGGCCCCCGGGCCCCCGGAGGAACAGCCCCAAGGAGAGGAAGACCGCCAGGGGCCGGAAGAGCUGCUGGAGCAGUUGGACGUGGAGGAAACCGAGCAGUCCAAGCUUCCGCGCUACCUGGAGCGAUUUCAGGCCUUGCGUGCCCAACUUCAGGCUCUGGGCAGAGUGGAGUCAGGAAGCCUUUUGGCUCUGACCACCCAGCUCAUCAAAGAACAGCUCCCCGCCUGCGAAGCCGAGGACACGGCCGCCUACGAGCAGAAGCUGCAGCAGUGGCAUCAGGAGCGGCUGCACUUGAUCCGGAGGGAACAGGAGCAGAGGGAGAGGGCGAAGCAGGAGCACCAGGCUCGCAGAGCAGCCAAGGCGGCUGCCUGACAGGCCCACGGCCCGGCCCCGCCGCGAGGACUUCAUAGCCCCAUCGUGGGAGUCGCCGCGACCGACCGUGACGGCCCCACAGCUUCCUCCACCCACCCCCUCCUGAAGCCGUCCCCUUGUGCUGCAACAGCCGUGAUGUCCUACAUGCGAGGCCCUGUGACUGCCGUCCAGACUGCCCAUUUCUGUCCCCGGGGCUGUGGAGCUAGGAAAGUGCCUCGAGGUCAGACGGAGGCCACCAGCUAAAUACCUCAAAAGGAGCUCUGGAGGCCUGCGGAGUAGUUCCUGAGGGACGGGGGUCGGUUCUGAACAGGAUGGUUCCUGGUCACCUAGGGAUGGGGGGGGCGCAUGGUUUACGGAUCGGUCUCAAGCACCGACUGUUGAAUGGCCUCUGUCCCUGCCCCCGAGGCAAACUGUACGUCCUGGGACCUUGUCCCCCUUCUCCUCUCUGGGCAAGCACUCGGCCUGAGCUGGCUGUGGGUGCCCACCCCUCACAUUCUCCUGCUCCCCAGUCUCACCCUCCCAGCCCCAAACUGGGAGAAGUUCACACAGGAGUCAGUACAGGACCCACUGGCUUUCACAUUUCAGGAACCUCUAGACUGCAGUGGUUCUCAACCUUCCUAAUGCU